AUGAAACUGAAAGACCUGGAGCUCUUCAUGCAGAGUGCGUUGCGUGAAUACGAGGUUGAUGAUAUCUAUGCCGGGACCAGUAAGCCGGACGAGUUUGUACUCUGCUUGCUCCUGGUGGAAUCCAACUAUGACGAAUUCGGCUUCCAGAGCUACUGCGACAAGUCCCGUAGGGUAACAAAACAAGCUGAAAGGUUCGUUGCAUAUGCUUUCACUGCAAGCUGCUCAUACUUAAAGGAACAAACGAUGCAGGUAUUCGCUUGUGCAAAGUGCUGCUGCGGUACAAUGUUCCCGUUCGAUGUGCGGAGGAGAUGGAGAUUCCCAAGGGUGUCGAGACGGUCUAAGACAUCGAGCAGUGCAAGUUUGACGGUGAAGUGUGCGAAACUAAGUUUUUUGAUCCAGGGGACCUCCGACGAGACGAGGAGAGGGAAAAAGGAAUCCUCGAAAUUCUCCAGGAGAUUUCUGGCGCUCCUCCACGCCGCUACCGCAGAUCCGGAGCGGCACAAGGUGAGAUCAUGGAUCGCCGCUCUCAAGUCGUCCAGAGAUCUACAACAGGUGAGGGAAAUCCAUGCGCUCGCGGCCGCCGGGGGCAAGCAGCUAGAUUCCUCGAGCGUCUACCUGGGCAACACGCUGGUGGCCGCGUAUGGCAGGCUGGGCAGCACGCUGGAGGCGCGGGCGCUCUUCCAGAGGAUGGAAUCCCACACGGUGGUGUCGUGGAAUUCUCUCAUGCUGGGGUAUGUGGGAAAUGGCGAGUCCUCCGCGGCCUUGGAGUGCCUGGAAUCCAUGCGAGCUCGGGGAUUUCUUCCGGAUGCCAGGACCUUGGUCGUGGCUCUCAAAGCUUGCGGUGGAAAUGGAUCCAGGAGAGUUGAUGGAGCUAUGGGGGGAUUGGAGAGAGCCAUGGCUCUCCACGCUCUGGCAGUGAGCUCUGGCUAUGGCGGGGAUAUCUACGUGCUCAACACGCUGGUAGCGGUGUAUGGAAGGCUGGGAAGCUUGGCAGAUGCUAGAAGCGUCUUCGAGGGGAUGGAAAACCCGGACGUGGUGUCGUGGAACGCGAUGAUCCAGAGCUACGCUGAUAACUUCCGGGAAGAGCAAGCUUUGCAGCUCUUUCAGCGCUGCUCCAAUGCGAACUCUCAGAGCUUUGUAGCGGCAGUGAAGGCUUCCACUCGUCUUCCACGGCAAAGAACUCUUGCUCUAGAGACCGGGAUGGCUCUUCACGCCCGAGCUCGGGAGAGUGGCUGCGAGUCCAACGUUUUCGUUGGAAGCAGCUUGAUCGACAUGUACUCGAGCUUCGCGAGUAUGGCCGAUGCGCACAGAGUGUUCCAGGCGAUUCCUCGCAACGACGUCGUCUCGUGGACGUCGCUGGUGCUCGGCUAUGCCGAGAACGGCGAGCCGGAGCUGGCUCUCGAGUUUUUCCAGGACAUGCAACGUAAAGGGGUGGUGCCAAACGCUCAGGCUUUCGUCGCGGCAUUGAAAGCUUGCGCUGCUCUAGCGGCGCGAUCCACAGCGAAGCCGGACGAGGCUACUCUCCAAAGAGCUAUGGCUCUACACUCUCAAGCUCUCGCGGGGGGACACUGCUCCAACAUCUUCGUCGCCACGUCGCUGGUGGAUCUCUACGCCAACUGUGGAAGCAUGGCGGAUGCCCAGAGAAUUUUCGAUGCGAUGGACCAACUCCAGCGCACGUCCUUGGCUCUCUGGAACGCGCUGCUGCUCGGCUACGCUGAGAACGGGGAUCCAGAACUGGUGCUAGAGUUGUUUCCAGAGAUGGAGCUAGAGCUACAGCGAAACCAGCUCGGUCGGCCAAACUCCCGGAGCUUUCUGUGCGCGUUCAAGGCCUGCGGUGCUGCGGUGGCUCUCUCCACCGGUAAAGCUUUCCACGCCAGAGUUUGCCGGCUCGGUCUACUCGAGAAGCCCGAUUCGGUUCUAGCGACUUGCGUGGUGGAUUUCUACGCGAAGUGUGGCAGCCUCGACGAUGCCCAACAAGUUUUCGACUCCCAGCUCUCCGGAAGCACCUCGACCAUCACCUGGACCGCCCUGAUGGCCGGCUACAGCAGGAAAGGUGACGCUACUCGGGUGCUCGAGCUCUACCGGGAGAUGGAGGCCGGAGGGAUAGAGCCGAGCUCGGCCACGCUCCUGUCCAUCCUCACGGCUUGCAACCACGCCGGUAAGCUCGAGGAGGCCAAGCUUCUCUUCGCGGCAAUGCGCACCAAGUAUGGGAUCACUCCGGGGAUAGAGCACUACCAUUGCGUUAUCGAUGUGCUUGGGAGAGCCGAUGAUGUGCGAGGUGCGCUAGAGAUGGCGAGCGCGAUGCCUUGCGAGGCGGAUGCUGUGACUUGGAUGACUUUGCUAGGGGCGUGCUGGAAACGAAAGGAUGCAGCUAUCGCGAAGGUAGUGUUUGAUGCGCUGCUAAAUCGUGAUGGAAGUAGCAGCGUGGCUGGAGCUUGCUCGAUCAUGGCCAGCAUUUAUAGCUAGCAACCAUCGUAGAUCAUUAGAUUCAAGCCUGUUAUCCAUGGUUGGAGCUUGUCUACUUCGUUGUCUGGAACGAGUAGAAUCACGAAAACAGUAAGUGAUGAACAGGAAAAAUAUGAACCUCUCAAAAGGUGGCUGUCACUGCAGAGAACAAGCUCUUAAAAUCUGUAGUUGGCGAACCUUCUUCUUCGGCCUUGGAAGCAAUAUCAAAGGCUUUGUUCUUGGCUUCCUCGUGCAGUAAAGCCUAGAAGAUUGGAAGAAAAGAAUAAGCAAAAGUAGUGCUAGACUUUCUCA